AUGACCUCUGACAUCCACAACCUCUCGCCCCAGGAGUGGUCUCAGAUAUUCUCCGCGCCCCUCAACCCGACUGUCUUUGCUGCUCUCGCCGCCAAUGGCGUCCUCGGCGAUCCCCCCGCCCCGCCCCCAGCCCCAGACUCCUGGUCCCAGUCCCAUCGCCAUCCAUCGGCCUCUACUCUGCCGCCCUCUCUUUGGAUGUCCGCCGCGAGCAGCAGCUACCAUCCGCCGCCCCAGUCCCAGUCUCACUACCCCCCAGUCUCUGUCCCAGGCUCUGUCCCAGUCCCCGUCCCAGGCCCUGUCUCUCUCCCAGACUCCUCCCCAGUCUCCCCCUCGACAGAGUCCAAGUCGACCCUCUUCACUGACCUCUUCUCUGACGAUCUCUUCCAGCCACCUCUUUCCCCUCAGCCAACUUCCCCCUUCACCAGUCCCCGUGUAUCUGGUUCCCCUGUUCUUGGUGGUCCUCCAGACACCGAUGUUGAUCCAGAGCAGCUUGCAAAGGAUGAUCCUCUCGCAACCCAGGUCUGGAAGAUGUAUGCCCGCACAAAGGUCACCCUACCCCAUGCUCAGCGUAUGGAGAAUAUCACCUGGCGUAUGAUGGCCCUUGCUCUCAAGAAGAAAAAGGACGACGACGACCCUCGUCCUGCCGAUCCCCCAUCUUCUGUUCCAGAGCAACCUCCCCCACCGCCUGUCGUCUCUUCGCCCCCCCAGUCUCAGUCUCAGUCGGCUCCCCAUCCCGUAGACCAGCAGCCUGACGAGCGUGGUCGCAGGAUCGACAAGGGCAAGGCCAGAGUCCGUGUCGUCGGCUUCGAUGCUCUCGGUCAGGACUCUCUUCUUGACGAUGAAAACGUCGUCUCUAUGGACUGGCGGGCAAUGAGCAGAUCGCGUUCUCGCAUCUCUAUGGAUUGGCGUCCCACCUCUCGCUCCCGAUCUCGUCCGCCAGAGUCCACGACGAGUGCAACCACUUUUGAUCAGCAUGUUGGUCUUCAGCCUGGCUACGACAGUCAUUUCUCCUUUCCCACAAUAGAACGCGGCCCGACCAAGAACAUUCCCACUACUUCUCUCUUGUCUGCAGGUCGUCGCAGUCCUCUUUUUGAUCAGCAGCUCGGUGUUCUCUACGAGUCCAACGACGCUGUUCCUUAUUUUGACGCUCCAGAUUCCUAUACCGGCCCCAGUCGCUAUCCCGUCUUCAACACCGCUAUUCCCUCUUCCCUUCCCUCAGCCGGUCUCCAUGGCUUCAAUAGAGUUCCAGUUCCCCCAAAGGAUAACAGGCCCUACGCCCGUAUUCGCAAGACAAGUUUUGAUCACACAGUUCGCAAAUCACGUCAAAACUCAAAGUCAAACCUUUCUAUCGACUCCCUCUCAGGCACAAAGCGCCCUGCAGACGCUCUCCUUAACGACAGCAUCCACCAUCCUAGCUUGGAUCAUUCCGAGCAGGAUUCUGCACCUUCCUCCUCCUUCCCUUCCUCCUCCUUCAACUUUUCCUUCCCACCUUACGAUGGCGUCUUUGAUCUUCCUUCUUCCAAUGUCCACUAUGGCCCGCCUCCUCCUUCGAGCUAUCUCCAGCAUCCUCGCCAUCGUUAUCACUCUACCUCCACCUCCCCUUCAGAGGGCCUAUCCGCGGCUGCUGUAGCCGCUUCUGCCGUCAUGGCCGAGGGUUAUGCUCAGCUCAAUGCCGUAACAGGCGCAGAUGAACUUGAUUACCGCCAACUGAUGGGUCUUGUCUAUCCCAACAUCGACACCUCGGCCUCUUCAUCCUACACCCACGUAGACCCAACUCAGAUCCUUCACGACAGCUCAGGCAAUGGGAAUUAUCCAUCUUUCCACGCGAGCCCGUCCAGUGACGAAUGGGGAAAUGGUCCCAGUUCCAAUGCCUCCCCUGAACCUUACAAUGUAUCCAACGCAUCUACUCCCCCUUCUACAGAGGGAACAUCAUCAACUACACAACAGCAGCCUUCUCGUCGCAAAUAUAUUUCGCUGCAACAAACUGCCCAAGAAGUCCAGAGAAGUAGUACGGUUCCGUCACCAGGAGCGACAGAACCGCCCGAAGACUCCAAACCUGCUCUAACGAGCGGAGAAGAUGCAGAUCAGACUCCGACUCUGUGUACCAACUGUCAAACCACCAACACACCACUGUGGAGACGAGACCCCGAAGGUCAGCCGCUGUGUAACGCAUGUGGUUUGUUCUAUAAACUGCAUGGUGUCGUACGCCCCCUUUCUCUAAAGACAGAUGUCAUCAAGAAGAGGAAUCGAGCAUCAGGCACACCGAGCAACAAUUCACGGAAAGGAGGGGUUUCUACGCUUCCCAAGUUGGCAUCAUCGACGACCCGUCCUCGAUCACAGUCCAGCUCACUACUGACAGGGUUAACAAGGGGUGUGAUGCCUGCACCCCGUCCCCCCAACGUCGCUCUUGGUCCAAUUACGAUAAAGCGCCAGCGGCGGACAUCCGGAACGGCUCCAGAUAGUCCUCGUUCGGCGUACCCAUCUGGUCUCCAGCCAGUCGCGCAUAAUGAUCUGAAUAGUGGGAACGGGACCGCCAGCGGGAGUAGUGGGAGUAAGCAGAUACAUCGCAGAGUGUCACGCACCGACCUCGAUUUUGAGCAGGCUCUCAAGCAGGAAGGAACGGUUGUGCUCAAAGAGGGCCUGGAUGUGAAUUCGCUAGGAGUCGAACAGAGUCCGAAUCGAAGCUUUGCUAGCGCUAGUGGGAGUGUGCCUGCGACGCCACAGACGCAGAAUCUGAAUCAGAGUACCAGGGGCAUCACAAGAGUCUCCCUGCAGCCUUCGACGCCGACGGUCCUCCCGCCGACGCCAACUCCGCUGAGGAGACUAUCGUCCAGCACGAACAGCACCUCCAAUAACAACAAUACUAACACCCAUUUGGUCACGACCACUUUGCAGCAACUGGGUCCGUCACCGUCCUCAUCUUCGCAUGAUUUAGGCAUGGACGCCGAGGAGGCAGAAAGGCAGACAAAUAGGCGGUCGAUGUACCGCUCUCCGGGGACCUCAAGUUCUCCAGAUCUCGCGACGCUGUUGAGAAAGGCAAAAGAGCGGGGAGGCGCGGUGAUGGGCGGGAGUACGGGGGCGAGUGGUGUGGCCGGGAGUGGGAGCGCUCAGAUACGGAGAGGUCGCGACUCUUCGCCACCGCCCCCCUUACCUGACCAUAGUAGGGUCCAGCAUCCAGCGUCCUCAUCGACUCUGGUGGCCUCCCCCAAUUCAGAGGGCCCUUCAGAUUGGGUGUUUGCGAGUCCACUUCGGCAGAAGGAGAGUGGGACUGUUAAACCUCAAAAAUCAUCUGUGAGAGCCAAGACAAGUGCACUGUGGGGAAAGAUGAUGGGCCAAAAUACUGUUAGGGAACGUUCGAAAACGGACGCUUCGCAGCCGCCUUCAUCCUUGGUAAAUUCAUUCACACCGCCUCCACCCGUACCUGCAAUCCCUGCGGAACAUCGUUCGCCCAUUCCUGAAUCCUAUUCGACCAUGCGUGUGCCAGAGAAAGACAGGGAGAAGGAAUCGAGGACACCUCAGAGGGGGUUGCCAUCAAGGAAACCUCUCCCACCCAUCAUUAGUAUGCAGGACAACGCCACCACUACCUCUCCGUAUACAGACAAAUCCACCCCUCUACCGCCUAUUCCUGUCACGCCGAAACGGAGAAGCAUGAGCGUUAGCGAGACUGUGAAGACUAUCGCCAACGUUAACAUUGAUACUCCUGCAACCCCUGAACCACCGACGUCGCUAAGUGGACUGCUAGACGUGUUCAAGGGAGAACUGUCCACUUUGAACACCGUGCCAUUGGACCUUCGCGAUCCAGCAAGUACACGGCGGUCUGUUGAUACUGCUGGUGGCACCAAGGAACUCCCCACCAAGGGUGACGAUGCUAUUUUCGCACCUACCGCACUGAUACCUCCCCGCAGCUCCUCCUUGCAACUGUCGCCUGCCCAUGCCGCCGCUGCUACUUCUAGCUCGACGCAGUCGAGGCAGCUGUCUCCUCUGCGAUCGAGGAGUGGUCCUGCUCCCAGCCAGAGUCAAAGCCAACAGCAGAGUCCCACUCUCAGCCCACGCGGCGACAGCAAUCGGCUGAGGGUGCUACACCGGUCAACGGCAUCGAGCUCCGAGCCAUCCCUUGUUUCAGCAAUGGACGAAGACCAGCUGGCGAUCAAGUUAAGAGCAGCAGCUACCAAGAGAAGCUCGCAUAAUUUUGUCGCGUCUUCAUCAUUGUCUGUUCCCUCGUCUUCGUCCUCUGGAACACCGAUUAUUACUGGUGAGGAUAACGAGGAUAUGGAGACGAGAGGUAAAGAUAUGGCUUCGCGGUGCUGGAACGAGGAUGAAGAUUUUUUGGCCAAGGAGAAAAUUGCGGAAUGGUUGGGUGGACAUGGCCUCAUCAAUAAGGUUGCGCUGAAGCAUUACGUCGACUUUUUCGAUUUCGCAGGACUUCGCUUGGACGUUGCUUUUAGACGGCUGUGCGGAAAGCUGUACUUGAAAGGCGAAACACAGCAGGUGGACAGGAUUCUUGAACAAUUCAGUCGUCGAUAUUGGGACUGUAACCCUGGUGGUGUUUAUGGCAGCGCCAAUAUUGUACACGCUGUGUCAUAUUCAUUGCUAUUGCUCAACACCGAUCUUCAUGUCGCGGAGCUGAGCUCUCGUAUGUCUCGCAUGCAAUUUGUACGAAACACUAUGGCGGCCAUUCAGUCGCAAAUCCAGUCAAACUCGGAGGCGCGGUUAUCAAACUCUGACCUCACGUAUGACGAUUGUAGUAGUAGUACGCGUGGCUCAGAUGACACUGAAAUGAUGGGCACUCGUUCAAAGAGAAGCGAUUCCAUCACCAGCUGGAACAGUGUGUCGAGGGAAGCUAUCUUGUCGCUUCCGGUUUCUCCAGCAUCGCCGGCGGAAAAGCUGGGUUCUGUACUGCAGUCGAAUGGAAGUACGGCUUCCGUGCAAAACUCCAACGUUCAUGAUCAGCAGCAGCAACAGCAGGUGACACCUAGUCGGCAAAAUACUCGUGCUUGGGAAAAUGAUUUGGAGGGUCUACUCAAGGAAAUGUAUAAUGCCAUCAAACACCAGCAAAUUCUGCAACCACUGAAUUCGAGCUUGACAAGGUCUUCAGUGUCUUCACUUAGCCCUGCGGGUAGUGGCAUGAUACGAAACCGGAGCCUUCGAAGCCAGCCUGACCGGUUGACGACUUUGAAACGGGGCAGUAUACGGGGAAUACAGUCCAUUCUCAGCGUACAAUCUGGUACCAGUCCCUACAGUAGCAACAGCAGCAUCGAUGGUAGAGUCAGUCCAUCUCCCAGCUUUGCUACUUCUACCCACGAGGCCAUGUACGGCUCAAGCUCUUCGUUCCUCAAUCCAACAUUAGGAUUUGCGUCUAAUCUGUCUCACACCAUCAUCCGUGAAGCACAAGAGGACGAUGACAGAAGUGUGCACAGUGAAGAUUCAACCUCUACCACUAUCAGUAUCUCCGAUGAGGAAUUGGCUCUCCUCGGUGCACCUUGGGCAAAAGAAGGUAUGCUGUGUCGUAAACAGUAUUGGGAAUCUGCGGGCAAGCGGGCCAAAGACAAGGCAUGGCUGGAUGUUUUUGUAGUCAUCCAAAAGGGUCAGCUCAACAUGUUCACUUUUGGGGAUCAUACAUCUGGCGCAACGGGCACUUUUGGAGGAGGGAAUUGGCUUGCCAAUGCGCAACCGGUUGGCGAAAUUUCCCUUGCUCACUCACUUGCGCACGCGUUACCUCCUCCCGGUUACAACAAAAGGCCUCACUGCAUGGUCCUGACCUUGGCCAAUCGCGGCGUAUACUUCUUCCAAGCAGGAACAGAGGAGCUCGUUAAUGAAUGGGUGUCCACAUGCAACUACUGGGCAGCUAGGACAAGUAAAGAACCCCUGGCCGGCGGUGUCUCGAAUAUGGAGUAUGGUUGGAGCCGAGUGGCUGAUACAUAUGGUUCUGGGCGCAAUCAAUCGCAGGUCGAUUUCCAACGAGAGCCUGAGAUUCCAGACACCAUCAGCGUGCGGAGUGGUAAAAGCACGAGGAGUAAAUAUGGCUGGAAGGAUGGGUCUGCUACUAUCCGGGGGCCCUAUACGCCUAAAUCAGAUAAAACCUUCAUCAACGAAUGGAAACCGCCUUUGCCGCCCACUGUGGCCAGUGUUCAUGACGAAGAGACGCAACUCGAGGCUUUGCGAAAGCAUGUGGCAUCACUCAAGAAAGACCUUGAGGUUCAUAAUGACCUGCGGGAGCCCAUGGCAGCUUUGUAUUCUGCCAGGUCUUCCAACGCCAUGAAGGCGCAAAGCAACUGGGAAGAAAAGUCACAAUAUCUCCUUAGGGAGAUCGUCAAGUAUGAUUUGUACAUUGACUCUCUCCAGUCAGCUAUGUCACUACGCUUGAAAAAGCGUGGAGAAAAGGCGUUAGAACAUGCUCUUAGCCAUUCCCACCCUGCUGAUGAAGAACCACUCUCCAGUUCGCAGAAAUGGAAAAUCUCUAAGCUUUCUAUCGCGGAGGAACCUGAACCGUUGACGCCGGGCCCUCGACAGCAAGUUCACAAAAAUGAUAUGGACAGCAACGAUGAUUGA